UUGACUGGGCCCCCUAUCAAGGCUGCUGCAAGUUGUGAAGUUUGGCUGGAAAGCCGAACCUGCCAAAGCUGGGCAGCGUUCCGAGCUGGGGAUCGAGCCCAUCUCUAUUUCAAACCCUACAGCCAGGGGUGGCUAUUGGGCUAUGUGACUGAGACCCCAAAGCAGCGACGCUGGAAGGGUCAGAGAGGCUCUUUGCGCUGUACUGGAGACAAGACGCCCUGACUCAACCAGAGCGAGUGGCGAUGAGCCGUUUCCUGCAAUCCGCUGUGACCUGGCAACAAACAUCCAGCUGAUGAAAGCAGGAGCGGCGGGGGCAUGGAGAGAGAGGGCAGAACUCGCCCGAAUAUUCCCUCCCGGGUCUUGGCGGCCUUCGCAAGCGCCAGGGGCUCACUGGAGACGUGGGGCCCUUGUCUGGCAGCGGCGCAGCCGGCGCCUGGUGGUGGUGAAAGAGACUCGGGACUUGCCGGCGAGCCGAACGUGCCUGGUGUGUGUGAUAACUUCCCUCGGUCAGCCAAAUGCUCCUCUUCGCCCUACUCCUGCUGACAUCUGCCCUGGCCAGCCAGAGACAUGGAGCCCAAGCGGAGUCCAAUCUGAGCGUCAAGCUGCAGUUCUCCAGCGCCAAGGAGCAGAAUGGAGUACAAGAUCCCCAGCAUGAGAAGAUUAUUACUGUGUCUACUAAUGGAAGUAUUCACAGUCCCAAGUUCCCACAUGCUUACCCACGCAACACUGUACUGGUAUGGAGAUUAGUAGCAGUGGAGGAGAAUGUGUGGAUACAACUUACUUUUGAUGAAAGAUUUGGGCUCGAGGACCCAGAAGAUGACAUAUGCAAGUACGACUUUGUAGAAGUUGAAGAGCCGAGUGAUGGCACUAUUUUAGGGCGCUGGUGUGGUUCCAGUACUGUGCCAAGUAAACAAAUCUCCAAAGGAAACCAGAUCAGGAUAAGAUUUGUAUCCGAUGAAUAUUUUUCUUCUGAACCUGGAUUCUGCAUCCAUUAUACUCUCCUCAUUCCACACCAUACAGAAGCUGCCAGCCCAUCCAUGUUACCCCCAUCAGCUUUACCAUUAGAUUUACUAAACAAUGCUGUUGCUGGAUUUAGUACUGUAGAAGAACUUAUCCGGUAUCUGGAACCAGACAGGUGGCAACUGGACUUGGAAGAUCUGUACAGACCAACAUGGCAAAUCCUUGGAAAGGCAUAUAUUCGUGAGAGAAAAUCAAGAGUGGUGGAUCUGAACCUUCUAAAGGAGGAGGUGCGACUCUACAGCUGUACUCCUCGCAACUUCUCAGCAUCAUUGAGGGAGGAGCUGAAGCGAACUGAUACUAUUUUCUGGCCACUAUGCCUAUUGGUUAAACGUUGUGGUGGAAACUGUGCCUGCUGUCACUAUACUUGCAAUGAGUGCCAAUGCGUCCCAACCAAAGUCACCAAAAAAUACCACGAGGUUCUUCAGCUGAAGCCCAGGAGCGGUGUAAAGGGAUUGCAUAAAUCAUUGACAGACGUACCCCUGGAACACCAUGACGAGUGUGCCUGUGUGUGCAAAGGGAAUACUGAAGGAUAAAUUUGGCUAAGUGUGCUUCUUUCUUUCAAAGUACAUUCAAUUAAUGGCUGAUUCUGUUAUGGGGCUUGUGCAUUAUCUCCUUCCCUAAUCUCAGUUGUUUGCUUUGGGGAUCUUCCAUCUUCAGGAUUUACAGGUGAGUUCUAAAGAGAGGAGAAACCAACCUGGGAUUAUAUGUUGUGUAAAAGCUCUGUUGCUUGGAGGCCUAGUCAAAGGAUGGGAGAAAGGCAUCAGUAAGGGAUUACUAGAAGUAUAUAUAUGUCCAGUUGGCUUGAUAUUACACGGAUUUAAGAAUUUAGUGUAAAAAAUUGCAGUGUUCACACCAUGAAGACUUGACUCUGCUGGCUGCCUUACUUCUACAGCUCCAAUACACCUGGCCUGUGAUUGACAUCUGGAAUCUGUCUUUCUGUACUCAGCCACUCCCACAUGCUCUAAAUCAGAGUUCUAGGUCUUACAAACUUGCUUUAAAACAAACUGUCUUGUUCUGAAUUAAACUUAAUUUGUCUGAUACUCGUAGGAAAGACUGGAUUUUUCCACAUCCACUAUUAAAGCGCCUGCCUUUUAGAAAAGCUGACUGGACAAUAAACAUGAGCCAAGGAGGCAAACACUGAAAAGAACAGUGGCUUUACUCUAAUUACUAUGGCCUAUGACGUUUUUUGUUUGUAUUUUUUAUCGUGUACAUUUUAUACUCUCCUUUUGACAAUAUAACUAUUUGCUUUUUCUAAUCUUGUUAAAUAUAUCUAUUUUUACCAAAGGUAUUUAAUAUUCUCUUUUAUUACAACCUAGAUCAACUAUAUUUUAGUUUUGUAAGACUUUAAAGCCAGAGGUACACAGUUGCAGGAACAGAGAUGUAGUUACUAUGGCAAAGCAUCUAUUUCUACAUUGUCUGGUGCUAGACAAUGGAACAAAUCUGAGUUUACACAUUUAAACAGAGUAAUGACAAAUGCAAAGAUUAUUAGUGUGGAUGAAGCUCUAAGCUUGAUGGCUCCAGGAUACUGAAAAUAUGAAAAACAGAUAUUACUAUAAAUGAUUUCAGAAAUAGCUAUCAAAAUCCCUCUCUAUUCUGGCCUUUUGUCAAAAAGGAAAAAAAAAUAAUCAGGUAUAUAUAGACCUAUUCUGGCUUGUUUUAUUGUUUAAUUUCUUUGAAUUAGAAAGAUCUACAACAACAUGAGAAGAGAAGUUCAAUGGCUUGUUGUCUUCAUGAGACAGUGUGUUCAUAGAAAGGCAGCCAUAUUUAUUGCUCCAGGUGUAUGGUUUUUCUUUUAUGGUUAUGUCCAUUUAAAAGCAGUGACUCCAAGAUUUAUUGAUUUAUCUAUUCAGUACAGUUUUAUGAAUUAUAGUUUUGUUUAUGUACAGUAUAUCAUUUAACCAGUACACAUAUCCCAUUCUAUGCAAUUUGAAAAGAAAACAAUAAAGUAUUUUGCUUGUAAAAUGCUUUAACAUUAUGCCUAGUUUAUAUUUUGACUAUUGGAUUUACAGAUUGUAACAAAGCACCAAAUAAAGUCAUAAUGCUAAUU